AUAACAGGCAGGAUGAACUCACAGAUUUUCUCCAGGUGAUCAGCUGAACAGUAGGGUUCCUUUGUGUGUGUUAAUGUGAUUAAUUAAAGGUCAUGGCAUCCACUGGUGUCACUAGUCACCUGCCUCCAGUCAAGAGUGUGAUGGUCUACAGAAAUGGAGACCCCUUCUUUUCAGGAAGGAGAUUCGUGGUAAACCAGAGGCAAAUCACCACCAUGGAUGCUUUACUUAAUGACAUCACUCUCAAUAUCGGAGCUCCGCUAGCUGUUCGAACUCUCUAUACACCAAGAUAUGGCCACCGGGUCGCAGAUCUCGAUGACCUACAGCAGGGGGCGCAGUAUGUGGCCGCCGGGUCUGAACGCUUUAAGAAACUGGAUUAUCUGAGUGCAGGACUGAAGAAAGUUGUUGAACCAGCCCAGUCUAAAACACUUGCCAGGCCUAACGUGUCUGCGAAAUGGAGAAAGGUCAUCACUCUUCCUUGCAUCAUUCAUGUGUUUAGAAACGGGGACAUCCUCAGUCCUGCCAUGCGUCUGAUCAUUCCUCGACACAUGCUGAAAAAUCUCGAGCAGAUCCUGAGCCUCAUUUCAGAAAAAGCCAUGCUUCGUACUGGAGCUGUGCGCAGGAUUUGUACUCUGGAGGGCUUCACAGUGACCUCCGCAGAGGAGCUGGAGACUGGGCAAUGCUAUGUUGCUGUGGGAUCAGAAAGAUUCAAGAAACUCCCAUAUGUGGAGAUAUUGCUGAAUAAAGCAACAGGCAGCAGUGCCGACAGACAUUAUGUAGGAGACAGAGGAUUGCAGAGAAGAAUUGAGAGUAGAAAGAUGUUUCCCCAGGACACUCACAGUGACUCUACUCUCCUCAAUUCACCAGAGAGGGAAGGAAGACGUGUGAAGUCCACUGGAGAUGAUGUGGAGCGAGAGAGUUCACCUCAACCAGUGAAGAGGAGAGGAAGACGAGGAGAACGAGAGGGAGAGAAUUCUGUUUUCUAUGCCAGACCUGUGAGAGUCCGCAGGCAACAACUCACACACAGACCAACACCUAAAGCCACAACAGAGCCCAGUGUGUUCAAGGCAUCUGAGAGCAGAAUGAGGGAGGAAGUUCGAGGUGCUGAGGAGGUCAUAGAGGAUGAAAACACAGCUGUGGAGCUUCCUGUUGACCAGAGAGAAGCAGAAAUUGUGGAGGAUGAGGAGCUCCCUGAAAGAGAAUUUGCUGCGUCUGACAAACAGACAUGGGAUGACACGUCAGCUCCACAGAGAGAAACGCCACAUGAACACACAGCUCAGCAUAAGACAAACAAAUAUGACAGCGAGUCACACCAUUCCAGAUCAUCAUCGUCGUCAUCACUCAGACUUUCCCCACGACAUGAAGAAACACUUCAAGAGCCUAUUGGGAGAUCCAAUGAUGAACAGACAGACGGAGAUGCUGAUUCACCUCGUCAGGCUGCUGAAGAGGAUGCAGAAGACUGAGGCAAUCCACA